UUUUCAAACUUUCUAAUUAAUUUAUUUCCACACCUUCACAUUCGUCAUCAGCUGUUUUUAUGUGUUUCUAUCUUCUCUCAGCCAAACGCCACCCAAAAAUUCAUGGCCAGACAUUUCCGAGCGUAAAGAAAAAUUGAAAAAGUUCCCCCACAGAGCGAUGACAAAAAAAUAUCCCCCAUUAGUGUAUUUCAAGACGAAGACUCGAGCAAUGGGUCAUCAAUGGUGGUUCUGCGAUUUCGAAAAUAUUUUCUAAAUUUUUUUUUAUAUUUAGUUUCCGAUUGUUUUUUUUUUAACAAAAUUAUAUUUAUUUCGAAUUUUUUAUUUAAGUUUCUUACGAUUUUUAAAAAGACCUAUCUCAUAAAAAGCAGAUAAAUAAUCCGUAUUAAUAUUUUCGUGUAUCUAUCGUGACGCUUUGAGAGAGUGUGUAUAAAGAAAAAGACAACGACGACAGGCUUCUCAAGACAUUGCAAAAUUCUAUAAUUAACUUCGGCGUGCUAUUGCGACAGAAGCAAAACGGUAAAAGAGGUCUAGAUAGAAGUUUUUUCUUAUUUGAUUGUCGACAAUAUGGAACCGGGACAGGAGUCAUCGGAUUCAGCUGUUGUUCGACGUCGUCGACGCGUUGUUCGACCAACAAGGGAACAGACUCCAGAACCCGGACUCGCGGUACGACGAAACUAUUCCGAUGAGAGUAGUAGUAAUUUUGAACAGCAGACGGUUCAAACGGUUAGGAUGCAAAUCCGGCCUCCUGGGACUAUGUCGGCACAUGAAAGCAAGAUUUUGAGAAGGCGUGAUAAGACCUUUGCUAGUGCAGCAGCUCGAAGUCAUUCACAGCCACGACAAGCUGAAAGACUAUCUUCACCUGAGGCUUUUGAUCUGAUCAGAACGGUUGAGAAGAGAAGUCUUUCUUCGCCAAGACACAAGGAGGAAUCAAGUGAAGGAGAACCUUAUACCCCAAGUCCCGAGAUCCGUGAGGAUUUCCCCGGUUCACCAAGUCGGUUGCCUCUGGCACGACAGAUGCCAAAAGAAGAUGGUAACCUAAGCCGUUUGGAACAGAAUCUUCGGCGGUUUGAAGAUGAACGAAGAAGAUUUGAAUUGGAGAAGAGAAUCUUUGAGAAGGAGAAGCGGGAGCAUAAAGUUCGUUACAAGCAGUAUUUGGAUAAUGAAGAACGAAAACGUUUGAUGGAGAACUAUCGGAAAAUUAGUGACAGAAUGCACGUUCCAAAUGACCCUGAAGAACGCAGAAGAGUCGUUCAAAGCUUGAGGCUUUCAAGGAAUGAGGCUGCAGUAAGACAGAAACAAGUUCGACCAUCACGGUAUGAGUCUUCUACUCCGGUCUCAUCAUCAGAAUCUGAAGCUGUUCAUCCUGAAGAUCAUCGAAACAAUCAUAGGUCACCACCACCAGCUUCUCAGAAAUACCGACCUAAAGAAGCUUCUCCACCGAAUCCAGUUCCACAAGCCCCUCCAGUUCCAGUUCGCCGAAGUGUGAGUCGUAAUAAUUCGUUGUCGCCCAUUCGACCAGCACGAAGGUCGAAAACUCCUGACACAAACAGCAACAAUGCAUCACGAAAAUCUUCACUUGAAAAUGUUGCCACAGAUAACUUGGAGCGAAAAAGGAGUUUUAGAAACUCUGAUUAUGAAAAUGAACUUCAACAGAAAGCUCUUGAAGACAUUUAUCGCAAAGCAGCUUUGGAAGAAACGAAGACACAAAGUCUUGGACGUAAAAAGUCUUCAAGGAGCUCUGAAAAGAGAAAUGGUUCGAUAGAAGAUGAAGAACCUAUUCAACUAAACGGUUCCAGAAAGUCUUCAUUUGAGCUUUCAUUGGAACGAAAGCGAAACUCCAUUGAAGAGAGUAUAGAAAAAGCUCGAAAACUUUCUCUAGAAAAAGCUGAAGCUUUAGAACUUGUAAGAAAACGUAGUCUCGGAAAAGCUGAAGCUUUACAAAUAAUGCGAAAACGAAGUUUGGAAUCUUCGACCUUACCAAAAGAAGAAGUUAUUCCUGAAAAGAAAGUUAAAGCUGUUAAGCAACCUUCUUUGAUUUCAAGACUCAUUGCUUAUUUAAAACGGCCAAAAACUGAAACCAAGGAUGAAAAUCGUCCACCAGCUGAAAAACUGUUUACGAAAGUCUUCUUUCGAGAAAUGUUUCGAGAGUUUCGUUUUGAAUGGGUUAAACUUAAGUCCGAAUAUCCUCGAGAACUUCAAGCAAUGUGCCGUGAGCGUAACAAGUGUUUGGUAAAUUUUAUAAUACUUGUACUUUUGUGUGGUUUUGGAGGCUUGAUGUUUCGAUACACAGAAGGUACUUUGGAAAAUAUCUAUAAAUGUGAGGUGCGAAAAGUUAAACGAGAUUUUAUUGAUCAUUUAUGGACUGUAAGUCAUAAUAUGAGAGAAGACGAUUGGAAAUCUGCUGCUCGAACGAAAUUAAGAAAAUUUGAAGAGGAAUUACAUGCUAUGCAAGAGCUUGGUGUUCGUCGAUAUCCUGGAAUGAAAUCGUGGAAUUUUGUUAAUUGUGUCUUGUAUUGUUGGACCGUAGUAACGACAAUAGGAUAUGGCCAUAUUACACCUCAGACUGUACUCGGUCGAUCGUUGACAGUUAUAUACGCCAUCAUAGGUAUCCCAAUGUUCCUGAUUUUACUGGCCGAUUUCGGUAAACUCUUCACGCGAGCAAUCAAAUUCGUAUGGGCCUAUGUUAGGCGCAUCUACUAUACAGGAACUUGUCGAAAAGUUCGCAAACAACAACAAGUCAUGGAUGUUAUAAGCGGGUUCAACACAAUGUACGACUAUGCUCUGCGACGGCCAAGUCAUUUCUUUGGUAAUCCCAAUGAUGAGGAAUCAGCUCAUCCAGGCACUCCAUCAGAGAUUCCAUCAGACCAUCCACAAACAGCUAAUCAACUACAUCCCACACCUCAAACUCCUGGUUCUCAUGCACAAUCCCACUUGGAAACUCCAACCACCCCAUAUCCUGAAACCUUUGAGGUUAACGAUGAAUUCAACUUGCCUAUCUCACUGGCCAGCAUCAUUCUCGUUUCUUACAUUCUCGUCGGAGCUUUUGUGUACACUUUGUGGGAAGAUUGGACUUACUUUGAGGCUUUCUACUUUGUUUUCGUUUCCAUGUCAACUAUUGGCUUUGGUGAUUUCGUCCCCAACCACCCGAUCUUUAUGAUGUGCAGUAUAAUUUAUUUAAUUUUCGGUUUAGCUUUAACUUCUAUGUUCAUCAAUGUUGUUCAAAUAAAAUUGAGUAAUACUUUCAAGGAUGCCAGUGCGAAAAUCGGUGCAACUAUUGGUUUGACAAUGGCCGAAGGAAGUGAAUCUAUUUUACCAACACCAUCGGAUAUAGCUUCAGUUCAUAUCCCUAAGUUGGGUACGAUUGGCGAAGCUAUGAAUGAGGAAUUAUCUCCAAGCGAUGUUAUACAUUUGCCACCACCUAAUUUCGAACCUGAUGGCCCGCCACCACUUAUGCCUAAGAAAGGUUCACUCAUUGAACCUGAGGAGAAACCAAAGAAGAAAAAAGGUUUCUUUAGAAAAUAAAUUAAAAUAAAGUCCAGCCGUCAUUUAACAAAUUCUAUACAACAACAACAACUAGUCAGCUUUAUUUAUCAUAAAAAAAAAGAAACAAAAUUAAAUUUUUGGUGUAUGCGAGUGCCUUUUUCAUUUAACUAAAGCUUUAAGCUUCAAGAGAAAUAUUUUUACAAGUUUGAAAUUAAAAAUAAUAUAUAUUUACCAUAAUUUUAAGAUAAAAAUAAUGUUUGAGAGUUUUAAAGACCUGAGGAAGAAGAAACGUGAAAUUCGUUUGUUUUCAAUAAGUUCGUUAAUAAUUCAAUUUCAAUUUUUAAUAGCUAUUAAGUAAAAUAUUUAAGAUUAAUUAUACAAUUAUUUUAAAUAAAAAUUUAAAUAAAUA